UUCUAUUGGUAGUUCUGCAAAUACCUUAAUGCCAUGAGGUCCAUGCCCUUUUCCAAGGCUUUCUUCCUGGUCCUCGCCCAUGGCUUCUCUUCUGCUUCAGCUCAUGCAGGGAAGCUUUCAAGGUUUCCAGACCUUCCUCAUGUUCAUUCCAAGUACAAACAUAGAGUGAUUCAAGAAGCUCAAAAGGCCUUUAUUGAUUACCUUCACACCACCAGGUCAUUGCCUUUCACCUUCGCCGAGCACAUUGCCAAAAACUCCAUUUUUUCUCUCUGCAACCUUAUAAAGAAGAUCGAUUCCUUCUAUGUUUCCACUUUCUCCAGAAGCUUCAGUAAGCUCCUCAGGUAUCAACCCAUCAACGAAUUUGAAUUUUUUUUUGAAAGCAUAGGCAUAGAUCACGAUGAAGUUCCUCGAUUUUUGCCUGACAAGUUCUUGUUUUCGGAAGAUGGGUCGGUCUUGAAUGUUUCUUUUGUUCUUUCUGGAUUUGGGUUUCCAUGGAAUACUUUGGGGAGGCUGUAUAAGGAGGAGGUUUCGAUUUUUAGUCAGGGUACUGCUCAGAUAACUUCUAGGCUUCGUGGGUUUAAAGAGUAUGGGUUUUGUAAUCUCUCAGUAGUUGGUAUUUGUCUAGCUUUCCCUCACUUGCUGAGUAUGGAAGGUCAGUUGGGUGGUGAUAUCGAUGCACUAUUUGAUGAUUUGAAAAGGGUUUACGUAGAAUUGAAUAUGGGGUGUUUUGUUGAGGGAAAUGUGGAUGGUUGGUAUGAGGUUUGUAGUAAAGUUAGGGUGUUUUAUGAUUUGGGUUGUGAGAAGGGGAAGGUAGGGGAGUGGAUUUGUAGGAGGAAAGAACUUUUCCUUGAAUGUCCAAAUGAUGUUUUACUCCAAAAAGUUGAUUACUUCUGUAAAUUUGGGGUUAAAAUGGAGUGUGUGGGUUGGUUUCUUCUUAAGAAUCCAAAAGUUUUGAAUCUUGACUUGGAAACACCAGUGAUAUCAGUGUUAAGAUUGUUGGAACAUUUUGGAUUGAACACUAAAAAAUUGCAAGAGGUUAGUCAAAAUUACAAUCAUGUGUUGGGAAGAAAUAAAAUGGCUAAUUUACCGCAAGUGAUGAGGGCUUUGGAUCUACACGAAUGGUUUUUCAAUAAGAUUAUGUAUACAAACAGUCGAUUAUUGGUUACUUACUCCAUCAGUUGCCCUGACCAAGAUAUAGAUGAAGAGUUCACAGAUGCCUUGAAGGAGAUUGAAUCUUCAAGACUUCAUGCUCAUACGGCUAGUAAACUGGAUUUCUUGAAACGAAUUGGGUUUGGGGAAAAUGCUUGGACUAUAAAGGUCCUAAAUCAUUCGCACGGUACCAGUAGUGAGCUGCAAGAACGGUUUGAUUGCCUUCUUGGCACAGGCAUUUCAUACUCAAAGCUAUGUUUGAUGAUAAAUAUAUCACCGAAGAUCCUUAGUCAAAGUCCUGAAAUAUUAGAGAAAAAGGUGAACUUUUUGUGCCAGGAAAUUGGGUCCUCUUUAGAAAUACUUGAUAGUUUUCCAAGAUAUUUGAAUUUCCACUUGGAAAAUCGGAUUAAACGCAGACACAACUUUUUUGUUUGGCUUAGAGAGAAUGGUUUAUGUGCCAAAAACUACUCCAUUUCAAGCAUGGUUGCCACCAGUGAAAGAAACUUCAUAGCACGCCUUUCUGGAAUUCAUCCAGCUGCUCCGAAACAGUAUUUAGAGUGCUUCUAAACAUUCUAAAUUUCUAAUACAAAAGGACCCAUUAACAAUUUAUUGGAAGUUGUUGUACAGACUAAGAUGUUGAAUCUGAUAAUUGGCUUAUUACCCACUGGUACUUCUUCAAUAUCAUUGUCACUCAAGUCCAAAAAAAUUAAGCUUGGUGAGAUUACCAAUGGCUGGUGGUAUUGAACCAGUGAGACUGUUGUUGUUGAGGUUGAAGACAGUGAACUGGUCUAGUGCUCUAUUCAGGUCAAGGUGAAGACUUAUUAUCUUCUAUUUAUCAUCUGAAGAUGCUGAUACUGAAUUUGUUUUCCUUCUAAGAAUGGUGAAUAGGGCAGGAAUUGGAUAUCAUUUGUUAUGAUGGCUCAGAUUUACUUCUUUGUUCUAUUUUGUACAUUCAUGUUGUACAUAAUAUAUCUGGAAAAGGGCCUUUGCUUUGUGCAAAUAAAUUAUUUGUUCAAGUGGUAA